UCUCUGCUUCGUUCUCGCACUCUUCCCCAAUGGAGAAACUGCGAGUGCUGGUGAACGAGAUAGCCUACAGUCGGGACCACACAAAGCUCUCUAAUCUGCAACGCUCUCUCAUCCCAGUCCUCUCAUUCGCCUCCUCUCUCUACAGACUCGCUCUCUCCUUCCGCCACUGUUUCUACCACUUCGGCCUCUUUCGCAAGCACCGGUUGCCAGUGCCGGUGAUCAGUGUGGGGAAUUUGACGUGGGGAGGCAAUGGGAAGACACCAAUGGUGGAGUUCAUUGCUCGCUGGUUAUCUGACUCUGGAAUUUCACCUCUCAUUCUCACUAGGGGUUAUGCUGGCGGGGAUGAAGCUAGAAUGCUUGAAAGGCAUCUAUUUGGGACACCUGCAAAGAUUGGUGUGGGCGCAAACCGGGCAGCUAUUGCUGCUUGUUGUUUUGAAAGAUAUGGUUACAUUGAUCCUCGUAGUAGUUGUGAUCAUAAACUUUGCCUUGACAAGAAUGUGGAAAGUCAGCUAAAUUCAGAAAAAAUUGGUGCUGUAAUUUUAGAUGAUGGAAUGCAGCACUGGAGCUUGCAGCGUGAUCUAGAGAUCGUAAUGGUCAAUGGUUUAAUGCUGUGGGGCAACCGUCAAUUACUCCCACUUGGACCUUUAAGGGAGCCUUUGACUGCACUCAGACGGGCGGAUGUUGCCGUCAUCCAUCAUUCAGACUUGGUUUCAGAACAAAAUCUCAAAGAUGUAGAGCUUAUGAUGCGAGACGUUAAAGAAUCUCUUCCUAUUUUCUACACUAGAAUGACUCCCUCACACUUUUUUGAAGUGGCAAAUAUUAAUUCUGAACUACCCCUGGAAGCUUUGAGUGAUGCCAUCAUAUUAUGUGUGUCUGCCAUUGGUUCUGCAAAUGCUUUUGUGAAUGCGAUGGAGAAGAUAGGAGCAUCUUAUGUUGAUCGACUUGACUUCAGUGACCAUCAUGUAUUUCAAGCCACGGAUGUUGAAAUGAUCAUAAGGAGACUCGGAGAACUUGAGGAAAAGUUUGGUUCCCAGCCAGUUAUUGUAGUAACAGAGAAGGAUUAUGAUCGAGACUCAGAGAUUCUUAAGCGCUUGCAUCCUUUCAAAGUUUUGGCACUCUGUUCUGUAUUGCAAAUUUUAUCUCACAAAGGAUGCACGGAGAAUGGGUUCAGGAAGUUGUUGGAGGAGCUGUUAAGGGUAAACUUAGCCGGUCCAAACAAGAGUUAAGGUGAUUCUUAAGGGCACAACUUUUUACAAGCAUGCACUCUGUUCUGUAAGACCCCAUCUUGAAUUUGGUGAUGUCAAUAGUUCUUCUACUGAGUAGCUUGAUGAUCGUUCGUCGUCACACUAAGUUAUUCACGAUUGCUCUACAAGCUCAAAUUUUGGAAUUCUUGUAUGUUGAUACAGUCAUACUACGCAAUAUAUUUCUUAUUCUAUAUUGGCAAAUAUACAACAGUAACUUGCUUAGAUACGUUUCAAGUAAUAUGGGAACACACAAACCCACUAAACAAAAUCGAAAAAAAAAAUAAGGACAUACAAAAGAAUAAGCACAUUAGAUACAGGUCCAAGGCAGGACUCCUUAUUUGACUUGGAAAGGCAUAAACGUUUCCUUAAUGCUGAGAUUUUGCCUGAUCACUCUUUCCUAUGCAGUUCAUUGAGGUAAUCUUUAUUGUCCACCAAAUCCUGAAAAUUUGAUUAGUGUUUGAGAUUAGGUAGCUAGAAGUAUCAAGAUAUCUUGUUUUUUAUCACUCUUUGUUGACAUUACUAAGCAAGGCAUGUAAGAUUCAACAUGUAAAUCAGACAAAAUGCUUGUUACAUAAUAUGAAUAUAUAAGAUUCUGCAGCAGUUGAAAUAACUCUCCGUCUUCCAGCCAUCUGGAUCAACGAAAGAAGUCAUUUUGGUGCUGAUUUUCAUUUUAGGAACCGGAUCGGGUGGUAGAAUUAUUGGUCCUCCAAGUUCUUUGGUAAUCAGUUCAACAGCUGCGGCACUCUUGUAUACAUUAUUGGUACCAAUGGCAACCUAGGGAUAAGUCUCAUUCUUAUAAGAAAAACAGGUAUAUUAUGAAAAAAGGAUAAGAUUUGGUGCUCAUGAGAUCGGCACGAGGCCUCAAAUUUUGUUGUGCUACCUUCUGUCAAGUCAUGAAGUUAUGUAAAAAUGAUGUCAGGAUGAAGUUAUGUAAUGACAUUC